AGCCCGAAGUACCCCCAAAAAAACCACCACAGCUCCGCCGGAAAAAACCCAAAUUCCCUCCAAAAUGAGCACCUUCACCGCCUUUUACACCGCCUGGAGCGACCAACUCCAACAACUCCUACGACAACUCUGUUCAGCCCCAAAACCACCCACUACCCAAGAUCACCUUCACCACUUAAACCACUUAGUGAACAAAGUCCUCUCCCACUACGCAGAGUACUACAGGGUGAAAGCCGCCGCCGCCGAACGCGACGUCCUCGACAUUUUCGCCGCCCCCUGGGCUUCAGCUUUCGAGAAAAGCCUCCAUUGGAUCGCUGGGUGGAGACCCACCACGGUUUUCCAUUUGGUUUACACCGAGUCAAGUAUUUUGUUUGAAUCCCACAUCGUCGAUAUUCUUCGUGGUGUUCGGACCGGUGAUCUUGGUGACUUAUCGCCUACUCAGUUCAGGCGAGUGAGUGAGCUACAAUGCGAAACGGUGAAGGAAGAGAAUGCCAUAACCGAUGAAUUAUCUGAGUGGCAGCACAGCGUAAGUGAUCUAAUGGGUGCAACCCCCGACGUUGAUAAAAUGAUCGAACGGUUGGUAACCGUUGUUCGAAAAGCAGAUGAUCUACGGUUGAGAACGCUCAAGAGAGUGGUUGACUUGUUGACCCCACAACAAGCUUUAGAGUUCUUGAUUGCUGCGGUGGAGUUACAGCAGGGGAUCAGAGAGUGGGGAAUGAAUCAGGAUCGUGAAUGCAAUUACUGAUGUGUUGCAGUGAUUCUUUUUCCUGAAUAAAUGUGUCCACUGAUUUAGGGUUUGGGGGGUAAAUUAUGAUAUGUUCUAUUUUAUUUUGUGGGGUUUUAAAUUAACUCUGAAUUUUUAUGUGAAGAAUGGAUUUCUUAUGUUGCACUUCAAA